UCUUUUUUGAACAACGCUUGUUUUCUGUUUUAUGUGCGUGAUUAGGAAGAAUGGCAAACAAAACACAAAUAUCAACCCUAGAAACUCUUUCCGAUAUAUGCCGUAUUUGUUUGUCGAGUGACGAGGAGCCAAACAACCAAGUUGAACUUUAUCCAGUCGAAGACAUUUAUGUGGAGCAGUGUCAGCUAACUGACCUGGUCACUUCGUUUCGCGAUAUUCUUACCGUUUUUGUUAAUGACGAGAUAGAGACGCAUGGACGAACGCUGCCUUCUAUGAUAUGUUUGAAUUGUGCGAAACGAGCACAAGAUGCGUACAAAUUUGUGGAACAAUGUCGGCGAACGGAUCAGUUGUUAGAGUCUCAUUUCAGUGUUUUUAAACUAACUGAAAAACUUAAAGUCCCUCACAAAGAUCAACAUUCACCUAGUAAAAAGGAAUCGCCCAGAAAAUCUGUAAAACUCAGUGACCGUCACUCAUCCGCUGCAUCCAUCAAACCGGUACAACGGCUCAGAAAGGGCGAAAGCAGUAAAUCAGAUCCAACACGGAAACGUUUUCAGUGUGAUAAAUGUGACAAAAGCUUCACCCAAUCACAGACAUUGCGUAGACACUGCCGAACGCAUGAUAAAUCCGGUAGUAAUGUGAAAACAUGUACGUUCUGUAGCAAGACCUUUCUACGAUCCGAUGACUUGACUCGGCAUAUCCGCACCCAUACCGGAGAAAGACCGUAUCAAUGCAACAUGUGCCCCAAGGCUUACAAACAGUGGUCUGAAUUAAACGAACAUUGCUUGACGCAUACAGCAACUAAAUUGUUCAAAUGCACCGAAUGCUCCAGAGAACUAACGUCACGCAAUGGGCUUUAUGUGCACAUGAAAGUUCACAGAGGAGAGAAACGUUUUACGUGCGCACAAUGCAGUAAAAGUUUCACAACAUCCAGCGAGUUAACCGGUCAUAUGCGUCGUAUACACACGCAACCAAAUACUGCUAACCAAUCAACAGAGGAAAGUUUAUAACAUCUUCAUCAUGCAAGCAACUGUAACCACAUUCCUACGGUAAUAAAUAAGGAUAAGCUAAAAUGAAAGACAUGCAACCAACAAGUUGUAAAAUAAAAUAUGUAUUCAAAGUCAUUCCCAAAUGUGGCACCCUUUCC